AUGGUUCCACCGUUCCAGGAACGGGAAGUCGAUAAGUACUUUUUACAUUUCGAGAAGGUUGCCAAAAACUGCAACUGGCCGAAGGAAAGUUGGACAAUGCUCUUGCAAAGUGUCCUCUUAGGGAAAGCUUGGGAACUUUUUUCACAGCUUACGGUAGAAGAUUCCGGAGAGUACGAUACAGUAAAGCAACUAAUUCUAAAGGGUUAUGAGUUGGUUCCUGAAGCGUAUCGCCAAACAUUCUGUGUUUUAUGCAAAUCAAGUAAUAAAACUUUUGUCGAAUUUGUGCAAGAAAAGGCUCAGCUUUUAGAUCGCUGGUGCACGUCAGAAAAUGUGGAGAAUAAGUACGAUCGUCUACGCAAGUUGAUUUUGAUUAAUGUAAUAAUGUUAGAACUUUUGUGACUUAUAAAAAAACAGAAACACUAAAUGACACAGCACGUUUGGCAGAUAAUUUCUCACUAACACACAAGUUUUCAACCACGGGUAUAAAAUCAAAUAUGUCUCCUCCUCACAGCAACAACCUUGCAUUUGACAAUGUUUAAACGUCUGCCACCUCCUAGGCAAUUUCAAGGACAAUAUCCAGCCCAUGAUCUUAGCUUUUUCAACAACAAACCAUGAAAUGGAACGCUAGAAUCCUGGCGUACACCGCCACCGUUUAAGUCAAUUGUUUGUGAUUAUUGUAAACAAAGUGGUCACAUAAGGUCUGAAUGUCAUGUGCUUAGAUUUAACAGACCACCACCAAAACCAACAGGUUUUAUUUCUUCGUCAAACAUGAAACCAGAAUUUCAUAGUUUAUACGAGCGGCAACAACCAAAGCAACCUGUCGUUGAGCAUAAACAAUAUAUUCACAAGGAGGAAAAUGAAUUUGAGGUCAAGAGCUCUGUUGACCCUAGUAUGUUAGUACUUCACAAUUGUUGA